GGGGACGGAAAAUGCGACGGAGUGCGACCUCUUGCCGCAACGUGAUAAUGGAGGUCUUGAACCAAGUGCGACGAAAACGUGUCGCGUUUGUGAAAGCUGUUUAAUCUCAAAACAUAUAUUUUGUCAGUUAACCCUGAAUUGCGAAAGUCUGCUGUCGAUGUUUUACAAAUCCGAGCGACAAGACGUCGUUCCAUUUUCCGGUGUUGAACGCCGACAAGAGUGGGAGGUCUGACUGUCCGACGACGUCACCAUCUCGACACCUGCCACACCUGUCCUGACAACUUUUUUACUUCCGCCAGUGAACAGCGACAGAAAAAAACAAACAAAAAGUUGCCACUUUUUCCCCAUAAUUUGACUCAUUUCAGCUUGCGGGAGCGGACUAACAAGCACGCCUCAAAGAGGACCCCAAAAAUGUCUGGCCAAGUGUCCGGCGAGGAGGAGGAGGCGGCGGCGGCGCUCUUGCCCGUUGGUCGUCCGCUGACAGCGAGCGCAAAGUCUCCCCGGGAAGAAUUAGAGGAGGGAAGAGACGAAGGGGGCAAAGAGGACGAGGUCCCGGGAGCCGUCGACGUCACCCUGCCGUGGCCCGGGGACAGGGACAAGAAGGGCCAGGACACGGACGGCGUCUCGUCGGGGGUCUGCGUGUCCGACGAAGACGACGCGCCCGGCAAAGCCAAGUGGCGCGAGAGCAUGCCCGAGGGCGACAAGUGGCGCGACGACCUGCACGGGGCGUCGCCAGACAACGGUGGGGACGGAUCGCUGGCUGACGACGAAGAAGAAGACAAAAAUGCGGAGAAGGAAGAAGAAGACGAGUCCUACUGGGUCCCGGAGAAAGGCACCACGGGCUUCACCCCCCAAGUGAAAAUAGUGCAGCGGCAGUCCAGCGAGGCGCUCACGAACGACAGCAAACUGGACAUGGAAGACCGACACGAUUACGGCAAGGAAAACGCCGGCGAGUCGCAAACGGGGCCGCAUUUCGACCACGACGACUGGAACUGGAAGGACUCGCGGCACAGGAACUACUUGUGCAACGAAAUCUGCAACGAGAAGCUGAAGCUGGCCCUGUGGACAGCGGCGGCGGCGCUGGUCUUCCCCUUCCUCGUCUGGGGGGGUUACGCGCUCCUGCCUUUUGACUCCCCGCUGAUGGGCAGCGCCCCCCACAGGGUGGUUUACACGCUGCGCUGCGCCGUCUUCGCCUCGGUGCCCAUCCUGCUGGGCGUAGUGGUGCAAGGCGUGGCCAGGAUUCGCUACGGCGACGUGAAGCCGAUCUUCGAGAGCGAAGAGCGAAACGCCAAGGUGUCCGUGCACGGGCAUUUCGUCAGCCAAUCGGUGGGCCUCUUCCUCUUCUACUUCCUGCAACUGGCCGUCCUGGCGUCGUACGUCAGCCACGACCUCAUGAAAUUAGUGCCUUUGCUCACCGUCAUCUUCGUCUUUGGAAGGUUGAUCUACUGGCUGUGCCUGUCGCUGGGCAGCGGCGCCCGCGGCCUGGGCUUCGGCCUGUCCUUCUUCCCCACGCUGGUCAUGCUGGCCGCCAACCUCUACUUCGUGUCGUCCUCGGCGGGACCCGACGCCGUCUUCGACGCGGAGCCGCCCGUCACGGCGCCCCCGCCGCAGCAGCGCAGCUGGUGGGGCUGAGAGGACGCCGGCGACGCCAUCUCGAUAGGUACCCCCCCCCUCCCUCCCUCUUACAAAAACGAAAAAUGAUUUCCUACAAAAUUUCCCAAAUAGUCCAUGAAAACACUGUAGAGCUGAAAGCAACUGUAAAUAUUGUUUUUUUUUUUUUUUUUUUGUAUGAGGUUGAAGUAUUGCAGAUUUAUGAAGUGAUUUGUGUCGACUUUGAACGAUUAUUGAAGCGAGUGAGCGAGGGGGGGGGGCCAGAACGCAUUCAAUAAAUGUUAACAAGACGGUUGAACUUCACUCCGUUUGUCAUUUAAUAUAUAAAAUACAGUAAAACAUACGCAAAAAGGAGGUUUCAAGGGACUUGGAUACUUUGGUACAACAAACACUUUUUUUUUUUUUCCUGUAAAAGCGGUAUAGAAUUUUCAAUAACAUCAGUGCAUACUUUUGUAUAUGAAAAUAUACACAAACUGUAUAUCGUUCAAGAAAAACAAAACAUCUUUACAUCAAAAUCCAUAGCAGACUAGCUCAACACAAUAUAUUAACUAUAAAUUUUCAUCUUUAGUAUUUUAUUUGCUACAUCAUUCUGACUGCGUGUGACAAACCGUUUACCUGCGUCCCAUGCGUCGAAACACGUUCUCAAAUUCCACCAAUUUUUUUUUUUCUUUAUAAAUAUAUUCUAUAUCUGGAUGAAAACUGCAGCAUUUUAACUGGUGCGUUCCUUUUAUUGCAUUUGCUAAUACCGCAUUGUCCGAUUUUAUUUAUUUUUUUUUUUCGUGCAAGUUGCAGUGAACGAAAAGGAAACCAGUUUUGGAUGUCGGCGAUGAGUCGAAUAUAUUUGGAAAACUACCGGCUACGCAAAAAAAAAAAAAAAAAGGCUCUGUAAUUGUCUGGAGCUGCACAAAUUAAAAUAAUAAUAAUAAUAAGUAACAGGGGUCCAAGUGAGUGCGUCCCCCCCCCCCCCUCAAUAGAUUGUCUGUCAUUUGACCACACGGGGCAGGAUGGAGCCAAUGGCGGUGUUGUCACUUUGCACUUUAACCCACUUUUGUCUCGAUCUGUCCCAAUCACCGGCACGUACGGACACUUUUUUUUUUUUUUAACAUUACUAAUUUAAAGAUACAUGCUUAUUUAUGUAUUGCCUUAUUAUUGCCGUUGAAUUAAAAUGUUUUCAUUAGGGGGAAAAAAAACCAAAAAAAUGACCGGGAGUUAAACUUUUUUUCAUAUUGUGGCUUUCCAUGCGGCACGGUGGAUUCAGCUGGUAAAAGUGUUGGCCUCACAGUUCUGAGGACCCGGGUUUGAACCCGGCCUCGCCUUUGUGGAGUUUGCAUGUUCUCCCCGUGCCUGCUUGGAUUUUCCCCGGUCUUCUCCCAAAAAAAUGUGCAACAUUUAAUUGGGACACUCUAAAUUGCUAAAUUUCUCUCAAUCUGCCCUGCAAUUGGCUGGCAACCAGUUGAGGGUGUCCCCCGCCUCCUGCCCGUUAACAGCUGGGAAAGGGUCCAGCACUCCCCACGACCCUCGUGAGGAUAAGCGGCUAAGAAAAUGGAUGGAUGUUGCUUUCCAAUGAAAGUCGUGCAGAUUCAAAAUUUUUACUUUGGAAUCUGAAAAAAAAAAUAGUGGGUGAGAAAUACUCUUACGUUUUCAAGAUGGACAAAUAUUUGCCCCCAAAAAUGAAAAAUAUUUUCUUUCUGCAGGGGUUUACCUUUUCUUGGCACAUAUGUCAGGUUUUUUUUUUUUUUUUAGGCAAAAAGUUUGAUCUCCAUCUUAUUCAAACAUUUCAUCAUAUCGCUUUUUGAAGAUAAGCAUGUAUCAUUAUAUUGUAGCUUUUUUUUUUUUUAAAUUAGAACAUUAACAAACGGAUUUUUGCCAGUGAUCUUUGUAACCAUAAUGUAAUCUCAAACAGGCAUCUCCAAAUAUGAUUUAGAGAUGGAUUUAACCCCCCCCACUGGAACAUGAUUUCUUUGUAACGUCAUCGCUAUCCAUCAAGAAACUUUUUUUUUUUUUUUUUUUUUUUCUCUCGAAUGGUUUUGUGUGAGGCAGAAAAGUCAACAUUUUUUUUUUUGGGUCAAUGCAGCCGUUAAAAGGUUUUUACGUCUAAUGCCGGUGCCGCUCAUUCUGACUUCGAUUGUCCAAUCAAAAGUGUCCCCUUAUCACCGUGGUGACGAUCGCUACCUUUAGCAUCUCCGUCCUGCCCUGUUUUUUUUUUUUUUUCUUUCUUUUUGGGAGGAUUCUUACGUGCUAUCCGGUUUUAACGAGCGUUUUUUUGUUUGUUUGUUUUUUUUUAAAGUGGAUUGUGUUGUAAUGCAAUAACAGUCUUACAGAGCUUACUUAGCAUUUUCGAGCACGGAUAAAAACUUUUUUUUUUUAAACUCAAGCGUUUACAACACAACUAAGUGCUGCCAGUUCACGUACGGGCUUAACUAACAGUCGAGUGACCGCAGACGGGGAGGCGUCAUUAAGGGCGGGGCACGUUAUUUGGGGUUUGGCGUAGACAUCAUCUCUUCUAUAUUUAUAUAUAUAUAUAUAUAUUUUUUUUUUUACUAAAAGAACUUGUGUACACACAUUCACACACUGAAAUGAUGACGACAAAUCAAAUUCCUAUUAAAAAUGACAUCAAACAUUCUGUUGACUUUACUGGUUGCUGUAGAAAAGGGGCUAAAUGUGUGUGUAUAGAUAUGAGAAGCUAGACUAAUGUGAAGGGCAGUGAUUUUUGUGUGUUUGUGCGCGCGAGCGAGUGGAAUCCUUUUCCAGCGUGCGCGUUGGCGGUGUAGCAAAAAUGACGACAACACGACCAAGCAGGCGCUAAGUGGGGUACGCUACCCAAACAUAUCAAUGUCACGCUUGUUUAUAAUAAUAAUAAUCAUAAUAAUAAUAAGUGGACCGAGCCGCUGAGAGUUUACUUUUUUUUGUCUUUUUUUUGUGUGUUUUUUUAGGGCUAGCUAGCAAAGUCUAUGCAAAUAUAUGUACAUAACACGCACUUGAAGCCAAAAAAAGCUAACAGAAGCGGUAGAAAUAUAGAAAAUGUCCGUUCACUUUGGGGGAACUGCGGGAAAAUAAGAUGGAGGUCUAGCUCGUGCGUUAAAAGAGGACAUCGGUUUCAGGUUCGGCGAGGAGGGGUGUGAGUUUUUUUUGUUUUUUUAAAACAAAGUGACGGACCUUUUUAGAAUCAGUACCGACAGAGAAAGAAACAACAACGGUAUGUCUGUGUGGCGACCGCUCGUUUUCUGUCCCCCGUGUUUUGUUUGGCAUUCCGAAGACGGGGUUGGCUCGACCCCCCCCCCC